CUAAAUUUCAUAUAAAUUACAGCAUUAAUUCAUUGCAAUCGUGCUUUGUUACACUAAAUUAAAACACAAUGAUUAAAAAUAUAGUGUUAAUUGUAUCUUGUAUAAUUUCUGUAGUAAUCAAUACUGCGAAUGCGCGUAUUGAUUUUAGGAAGCCGAAUACAGUUUUUGAUCAAGAUCUGUACGAAAACGUUUUAGAUCCAGAACUCUGUGAUCAACAUAUUAAAUAUUUAAGAUCUGAUUUACUGCUCAAUCUCAGAUUUUCAGAUGCUGGAAUAAGAUUACCCAGAGGCAUUUUGGUGGGUAAUUCGGUUGAUCUCGGUAAUUAUCACCAAUGUCUUGCCAUAGACGAAACAAGAAAUGAUUUGGAAAUAAAAGGAAAGUAUUGUAUGAUAAGAGUACCUUUAAAUCAAAAUUUUGAAGUCCCCGGAAUCAUUGGAUCGACACAACUAAAUUAUGAAGAUGAUCUGAUAUCAAGAGAAAUGGAAAAAAUAAAGGGUGCAUUUAAUACCACUUGGCAAAUUAUCAACUCUUUGAAUGGAGAAUCUGAUGAAACACCGGCUACCUCAAGCCGAACAUUUCGUCUAGCUGUUUGUAUUCCCAGACCGUGUUCAGUAGAACAGGCCAUGACAUCUGCUUUGUUCAACCUCACGUCAAUAGGGUUCCAGUUUGAGGAAGAAUUCUGCCGCCUUCCUAAUGACAAACCCUGGAGUCCUGCAGAUUACGUUGCUGUGGUGUUAUUAUCUUUUAUAGGUCUUCUCACCCUUUUGAGCACAUGUUACGAUCUGAAUCACACUUUUAUUCAGAAGCAAGAUCCAAAAAAUGCAAAUACACUUUAUAGAUCAUUCUCAAUUUACACAAAUGGUCAAAGACUCACAACGUUCUCGCCAAACCCGAAUAGCUUACAAUGUUUAGAUGGAAUCCGAACCCUGGCCAUGCUUUGGGUAAUCGUCGGGCACACGUUCAUCACUGAAAAUUUUGUCAUCAACAUGUUGGAUGGCCUUCAGUGGUUGACGUCAGCCAACGCCCUCUGGAUCACGGUAGCGCCAUAUACCGUGGAUACAUUCUUCAUGAUCACUGGACUUCUCCUUGUUUAUACUACUGUUGGAAAACUCACAGGAGGUAAACUGCUAAAGAACCUGCAUUUGUUUUACCUGAACCGUCUGCUCCGACUUUUUCCUCUUCUGGGGCUAACCGUUCUCCUGCAGGCGUCUUUAUUGAACAUAAUCUUUGAUGGGCCGUACUGGACCAAUGUGGCCAACCACGUAAGACGGUGCAGAGACCAUUGGUGGGCCACGUUGUUACAUGUACAGAAUUACGCUGCGCCAACGACCAUGUGUAUAUCUCACUCCUGGUACGUGGCUAUAGACGUCCACCUCCACAUCGUGUCUCCACUGGUCCUGUUCUGGGUUCUCAGCAAAAGCAGGAAGACAGCGUGGAUAGCUCUCGUUGCUUCUUUAGCUAUUAUUUAUGGAACGACAACAUAUUAUAAUGCGUAUAAAGAAUUUCCAGGGUAUAACGUUGCUACAAGCUACCCUUCACACAAGUUACAAGACUACAUGGCCAACUUCUAUUUCAAUUCUUUCACACGAGCCGCUCCGUUUUUCGUCGGUAUGAUAUUCGGAAACAUACUUUCAAUAUGGAAAGAGCAAAAACCAAAACUACAUAUUGCUUUAGUCUUGCUUCUCUGGGCUUGCACAUUCACCCUGUUUGGUCUCAUCACGUACUCGGUAUACCAAAUCAAGCAGUCGACAUGGGAUAAUUUGGUUUUGGAUGUCAUCAAGAACUCUUACGGCAGAUCUGCGUGGGCUGUAGCAUUGGGAUGGAUCAUUCUAGCAUGUGUGCAUGGUUAUGCAGGUCCAAUCAAUUGGUUUUUGAGUUUAGACGUGUGGAAGCUGCCGGCUCGUCUGUCUUACGCGAUGUUUCUACUUCACUACCCAUUCCAGUUCACCAUCAAUUCUACUCUAGUAGCACCCGUGUUUUUCUCAGUUCCCGCUUAUGCCUUCAAAUCAUUAGCGUACAUAGCGUUCACAUUCAUUGUGUCGUUCGUUGCCUGCCUGCUGAUAGAUGCCCCGUUUUCUGUGCUAUUCAAGUUGAUGUUAGGUGAUGGCAUCAAGAAACAAAAACCGGUUAUUGAACAUCCUGAAAAAAAUGGUACAGCAAGGAUAGAUGAUAAAAUUAACACAAAAAAUGAUAGUUGAUAAUUUGAUACAUAGAUACGUAGGUAGAUCACGCCUCCUUUCCGGAGGGGUAGGCAGAGAGUAUAUCUAUCCACUUGGCACGAUCCCUGCAUACUUCUUCUGCUAUCAAAAUCGAUAAUUUAUAAAGUGUCUUGAUAAUUUGAUAUUGCUUUUGAAUUACAUUAACGUGAUAUAAUUAUCUA